GACAACGUGGAGCUGGUCUCCCACUACAACCAGCACUGGCCGCUGCGGGGGGCCAAGGCGGUGCGGUACCGCGUGGUGAGCCUUGCCGAGGACGGCGGCGGGCGGCCGACGGUGAGCCGCGAGCAGGUCUGGCGGCAGCACCGGGCGCUGAGCGACGCUUUCCGCCCCUACAACAUCUCCUGGCAGCUCAGCCUGCUGGAGGUGCGCAACUCCUCCCUGCGCCGCCGCGCCGUGCUGCUGGGCUGCGAGCCCAGCAAGGUGGGCAACGAGCGCUGCGACCCCGAGUGCGAGCACCCCCUGACCGGCUACGACGGCGGGGACUGCCGCCGGCCCGGCCGCUGCUUCUCCUGGAAGCGUCGCGAUGGCGUCUGCCACAUGGAGUGCAACAACAUGCUGGACGACUUCGACGACGGCGACUGCUGCGACCCGCGCGCCGCCGACGUGGCCAGGACCUGCUUCGACCCCGACUCGCCCCAGCGGGUGUACAUGAGUGUGAAGGAGCUGAAGGAGGCCCUGCAGCUGAACAGCACCCACUUCCUCAACGUUUACUUUGCCAGCUCGGUGAGGGAAGAGUUGGCUGGUGCUGCCACUUGGCCAUGGGAUAAAGAGGCUCUUAGUCACCUCGGUGGUGUAGUCCUCAACCCUGCUUAUUAUGGUAUGCAUGGCCACACGAACACCAUGAUCCAUGAAGUGGGACAUGUCCUGGGGCUGUACCAUGUCUUUAAGGGAGUGAGCGAGCGGGAAUCUUGUGACGAUCCCUGCAGGGAGACAACUCCGUCUAUGGAGACGGGAGACCUCUGUGCUGACACCGCCCCGACCCCAAAGAGUAAGCUCUGUCGGGACCCAGACCCUACCAAUGACACCUGUGGCCAGACGCAUUUCACGGGGACGCCCUUCAACAACUACAUGAGCUACACAGAUGAUGACUGCACCAACACCUUCACCCCCAACCAAGUGGCCCGGAUGCAUUGCUACCUGGACCUGGUGUACCAGCGCUGGAGCCAGAGCAAGAAGCCUGCGCCCAUCCCAAUCCCACCCAUGGUCACGGGGCAGACUCAGGACUCCCUCAGCAUCUACUGGCUGCCUCCCAUCAGCGGCGUCAUCCAUGAGAGGGAGCUGGACACUCUCUGUGAUGACUGUGCUGAGGAUGGCACUUUCCGUCAGUAUGUGCAUGAGGCCUCAUCCCCUCGGGUCUGCGACUCCUCUGGCUACUGGACCCCAGAAGAGGCAGAAGGGCCCCCAGACGUGGAUCAGCCCUGUGAGCCCAGCCUGCAGGCCUGGAGCCCGGAGCUCCACCUGUACCACAUGAACAUGACCGUGCCUUGCCCCCAGCCGGAUGGCUGCAUCCUGGAGCUGCGCUUCCUGCACCCCGUCUACCCCGAUUCCCUCACCCUCUGGACCACGUACCUCUCCACUGACUCACCCAAGGCACUGUCUGACAUCGAAAUCCUGACAGAGCAGGGGGAGUCCAUCCAUUUGGGCCCCCUGGACACUUUCUGUGAUGUCCCUUUUACCGUGAAGCUCAACAUCCACAAGAAGGUGUCCGGAGUCAAAAUCUACACCUUUGAUGAGAGGAUGGAGAUAGACACGGCCCUGCUGACCUCCAUGCCCCACAGCUCCCUCUGCUCCUCCUGCAAGCUGAUCCAAUACCGUGUCCUCCGCGAGCCCCCCUUCGCGGACGGAUCCCCUGCCACGGCAGCGCAGGCGCACCGCGAGUUCGUCGACACGGAAGUGACGCCUGGGCAGGUGUACCGCUACCAGGUGCAGGCUGUCUCUGGGACAACCUUGGGAGAAGCUUCCCCACCGCUCGUCCACGUCCACGGAGCGCCCUACUGUGGGGAUGGGAAGGUGACCGCGAGCCUGGAGGAAGAAUGUGAUGACGGGGACUUGCUGGAUGGAGAUGGCUGCUCCAGGAAAUGUAAGAAGGAAAAAGGCUUCAACUGUGUCGGAGAGCCGAGCCUGUGCUACGUGCACGAUGGAGAUGGUGUGUGUGAGCCCUUCGAGAAAACAAACAGUGUCCUGGACUGCGGUCCCUACACACCCAAUGGAUAUGUGGACCUGUGGGCAGCAAAAGCGUAUGCCUCUCAUCAGGAUGAGAAGUCCUGCCCUGCUUCCUUGGCCACUGGAGAGCCUGUUGCAAAGGCAUGUAAAUCCUACCUUCACACUGUGCCAAAGGACCUUUCCCAGGCUGCUUGGUUCCCAUGUUCUCGCAGCCAAGACAAUGCUCAGGAUCCAAAUGAGGAGAGGAUGCCCUUGGGCGGUGAGAGAGUUUGGCUCAAGGUGUGCUUCGAGCGACCUGCAGUGCCCACCUCCAUCCUGGUCUUCCUGGCCUCUGACGGCACGGCCCCGAGCGACCAGCACAAGCCGAGGGUGACCGUCCAGCUGAGCGACGUGGACGGGCUGAACCGCUCCUUGGGGACGCACGAGCUGUCGUGUCAGCAUAACCCGCUCGUCAUCGAUGCGACCCGCGGCCAGCAGGACCCAUCCUACCGGGCUGGGUCGGUGCUGCUCAACUUCUCCUCCCCGCUCGUGGGCGUCGCAGCCGUGGCCCUGCGGACGCUGUCUCUGCCGGGCUCCACUGACCCCGCCACCUGCCUGCUGCCGCACGAGGAGGGACGCGGCCAUCAGCGAUACAGCUGUGCCCACGGUGCCUGCGCAGGGCCGGGAAGCUGCGCGAAGCCCCCUGUUGCUCACAGCGCCAGCAUGAACUGCACCUCUGAUGGCCCGAGGCACAUGGAGUGCUCCGUCACCUGCGAAAAGGGCUUCGUGCUCCGCUCCAGCAGCAGGAAGAGCCUGGGCUCCACGCAGCAGGACGUGGUUCUGACGUGCAGCUCAGGUCGGUGGGACCGAUCUGUGACUUGUGACCCUGUUGACUGUGGUGUCCCUGACCAGUCGCAUGUCUACUAUGCCAAGUUCUCCUGCCCCAAAGGGACCACCUACCUGAAGCGAUGUUCCUUCUCCUGCAUCCACCCGGCCAAGCUUCAAGGAAUGAACCAGUGGCUGACCUGCUUGGAGGACGGUCUCUGGUCUCUCCCUGAAGCCUACUGCAAGCUGGAGUGUGAUGCGCCUCCCGCAGUGCCCAACGCCAAGCUCCUGGUCCCGCGGUGCCUGCAGGGUAACCACGACGUGGGCUCCGUCUGCCGCUACAAGUGCAAACCUGGAUAUCAUGUGGCCGAGAACACAGCAGGCAAACCAAAAAAGAAGUUCCUGAAGAUCCAGUGCCUGGAAAGCGGGCAGUGGGAAGAGGGGCACUGUGUCCCCGUGGUGUGCGAGCCACCCCCGCCGGUCUUUGAGGGCAUGUACAACUGCACGCAGGGCUUCGAGCUGGACAGCCAGUGCGUGCUGAACUGCGAGCCGCCGGGCAUGCGGGUUCCCAUCGUCUGCACCAAGGAGGGCUCGUGGACGGAGGAGUUCACGCUGUGUGAGAGCCUGCAGGGCACCUGCCCGCCACCCCCGGAGCUGAACCUGGUGGAGUACAAGUGCGAGCAGGGGCAUGGCAUAGGUGCUGUGUGCACACCCUCCUGUGUUAUACCCCCCAGCGACCCCGUCAUACUGCCCGAAAAUGUAACUGCUGAGACUAUGGAUCACCGUCUGCAGCCCACCAGAGUCCAGCACAUCGUAUGCACGGGCAGGCUGCGAUGGUACCCAGACCCCUCCGGCAUUCACUGCAUCCAGUCGUGUGAGCCUUUCCAAGCAGAUGGCUGGUGUGACACCAUCAACAACCGGGCAUACUGCCAGUACGACGGCGGUGACUGCUGCUCCUCCACACUGUCCUCCAGGAAGGUGAUCCCAUUUGCUGCUGACUGUGACCAGGACGAAUGCACGUGCCGUGACCCGGCGGCGGAGGAGAACCAGUAGCAGGGCCAUGGAGGACCUCUGUCAGUCAGGCGAGCGCCUGAGGAGCGAAGGGGCACCAACAGGUGGUGGCAGGGUGCCAGGGGCAGGAGGCCUGAGGACGAGCCGGGCAGGAGGAUGGCAGUGGAAGCCACCGAGCAGUGGUGGCUGUGGAACAGGAGGCCAGGCGGUCCCAUCCCCAUCACCGCACCCUGCCCCACAGGCUCCUGCCCGGGACUUCGGGGUCUGGCCCGAGGGGCUCAGCACAGGGUCCAGCACCAAGAGCCCAGACGCUGCCACGGACAUGUGUCCUGGACCGGAGUCUGAGCAUUUGUCUUUGCUCUGGAUUUUGUCACUAUUCACCCCCCUCCCUCUGCUGUACAGGCUUCUUUUAGCAAGGUCGAGGUAGUUGUGAUCUCCGCAAAUAUUUAAACUUAAUUAUAUAUAUAUAUACAUAUAUAUAUAUAAUAUAUAAAAAUAUAUAUUAUAUUUUCUUUGCUCUUGAUGAAGCUGAGAAAGGAUACCCUUUGUCACACACCCAUGCUGCUGUGAAGUACAAACCAUUGGGAAAAGGGCAGGUCCGGGCGGGAAGAGCAGGGAAUUCCCCCUCGUUUGCUGAGAGGGAGCUGGAAGGAGGACAGAGAGAGAAGCCAAACACUCCAGCCAAGCCGGGAGAGAGCUCCCAGGUGGGAGGCAUGGAGGCCAGAGCCUCGAGGUAUUCUUGGUAUCCGCUGAAGGCAAGUUUUGCCCUUGGGAUUUGCCUGCUGCUGGUUCUGGAACAGGAUUUUGAGGUUGAGAAGUGUUGCUGUGCCCUGGACUCACCACAGCUGGUGAGAUCCAGCUAGACGAGGGAUGUGAUGGGCAAGCUGGAAUAACUGUGAUGCUCUGAGAUGAAGGAAGCUGAAGUGGCCCUUCUUUUCUUUCCCCACAUCUCCAAGCAUGGGCUUCAGUCAGCAGCUCUUGGGGGAGACCAGGCCCUGUAGAACAGGGAUGGACAGGACCCGGAUGACUUCUCAGGACACCUUGAGCAUCAUCUUCUCCUGUUGAGCUUUUCCUUAUUGCUAUCUCCAUGGCCCAGCCCAUUGCACUGCACAUCCAGUCCAUGAGUUUCUUCCUCCUGUAGAUACCAAGUGAAAAUCUUCAGAUUCUCUCCUCACCCCGAAAAGGCCCAGCUAGAAACUUUGCCCCCCCCCCCCCCGAAGCUUGGCUUGGGAGCCCGGGCCAGCCCCACAAUGUGGCAGGCUGAGAAGGGCCCAGCUCCAGCUGGGGCUGUCACCGAUGUCUUUGUGCUGCAAAGAGAAAAGGGAUGGAAGGAGGAGAGCGGAGAAGGGACCCCAGAGCAGGAGCACGGAAACCCAUCGGUGUGCAGCAGGCUCUGCAGCCCCAGGAGGCUCUCCAGCCCCUCGGUGCCUGGCCUGAGCCGGUGGAGUCAGGCUCCAAGCCAGGGUUUGUCUGGUGCAGGAGUGAUGGAGAGAGGGUGACACGGUGUGGAGAGACCAGGGAUUUUCAAGGCAUCCUUUGGCUUUUGCUAGCAUCCUCCUCACAGCCCUUUUUGUCAGGCAUCUCCCAAAGUUAUAUUUGGCUGGAGGACAGGAGUAGGGGGCAGAGGCACCUGGGCAUCACACCAGCACCGAGGCAAGAGACGCUGUGUCCUUCUCCGAGCCCUUUCCCUAUCCUGAGUGCUCCCAUUAUGGGGCUGGUCACAUCCUGUCCUGCCCUUGCUGCCUGCCCUGGUCCAGGCAGGGAUGUUCAAGGGGGUUCUGGGACCCAUCUCCUCUUGACAUUUCUGGUCCUGUCACGCACAAGCAAAAACACCCCAUCUUUUCACCCAAAUGUACGGUCAGUUUGGCAGAGCUGCAAUUUUUUGCUUCAAGCAACUUUUCUAUCCCCCCCAAAAAAAAAAAAGGAAAUGGAAAAAGAAAAAUAAGCCCUCUGUGAGUCUGAUGCCCCAUGGAAGGUGCAGCUCAGGUGUCCCAUCCCACUCCAUCACAGGGAAGGGGACACCCAGGGCUCCCCAGGCACAGGCACAGCAAGAGUGGGGGACACCAUGGGGUCAUGGUGGCCAUGGUGUGGCCAUGGGGACCUGGUGGCCACACAUACACGAGGUGAGGGUGACACACAGAGGGAGAUGGGAGAAUUUCAAGCCUUGGCAUCUUGUCACCUGCCUGAUGUCAGCAUUACCUGGGCACCUAUGCAUUUAGAUGCUGAAAUUUUACACUUUUUGCAUGAAAAUCCUGGUCUCAGUCAUGGCUUGUCCCUGAUCACCACGGGCAGGAAGGGACGGGGGGGCUGGAGGUGCUGGCUUGGCUGGAAGAGGUCUGUGCUUCUCAUGGUUGAAUAGCUUCUACAUACCGAAAUAUUGUUCUUCUAUAGCGACACUGAGCGGUUUUUGUCCCCUUUAGGGUUUUAUUCACAACGGAGGCUGCUGCUAUUUUUAUUUUUUUGUAUUUGAUAAUUAUUUUUUAUAAAAAUCUAUGAAAAAUAAAUAAUCUUCUCAUCCA